AUGAUCACGGCAUCUGCUUCUUACUACAGCUGCGAUUCCCACUACCGUCCAAUAGAGAGACUUAUUUCCCAGGCCAAACGCUUGUGCCUUCCUCCACAAGCGUCUAAUGGUGAAAAUUCUCUUCGGGCCUUGUCCCAAGACGCGGCAUUGAUUGCAACCGCGUCUUAUGAUAAGACUGUCUCAAUCUGGAACUGUCUCAAUCUGGAACGCAUUAGCAGGCCAGUGCUGUGGGGUCUAGACGGCGUCGAGCGUGCAAUGGUGAUUAAAACAUUUGAUGCCUCAAGUUUCCGGCACAGUCGCCUUGGAUUUGAGCUCUGCAAUCAGGCGGUCUAA